AUAAAAAAAAAAAAAAAACCUCGCGCACCAUAUUCUUCUUCAAGCUGCGCCGCUUUCUCACUCUGUUAUCUCCUUCUUCGAUUUUCUCCGGUCGUUGAUCUUUCGCGCAUAGCUCAGGAGAAGAACCUUCAAUCUCUCAGAAUGUCUAGGAACAAGGGUUUGGCUGAGCAAGAUCUUAAAAAAUUGGAUGUAACUGCGCUACAUCCUUUGUCUCCUGAGGUCAUUUCUCGCCAGGCUACUAUAAAUAUAGGAACCAUUGGGCAUGUCGCUCAUGGAAAGUCCACUGUUGUGAAAGCUAUCUCUGGUGUGCAGACUGUCCGUUUUAAGAAUGAAUUGGAGCGUAACAUUACCAUUAAGCUUGGAUAUGCAAAUGCCAAGAUUUACAAAUGCGAGGAUGAGAAAUGCCCUAGACCAAUGUGCUACAAGGCCUACGGAAGUGGAAAGGAAGACACCCCAAAUUGUGAUGUCCCCGGGUUUGAGAACGCCAAGAUGAAACUGUUGAGGCAUGUGUCAUUCGUGGAUUGCCCGGGACACGAUAUUCUCAUGGCAACAAUGCUCAACGGAGCAGCCAUCAUGGAUGGUGCACUACUUUUAAUCGCUGCAAAUGAGACCUGCCCACAACCACAAACAUCUGAACAUCUCGCUGCCGUUGAGAUUAUGCAACUUAAGCAUAUCAUAAUCCUUCAGAACAAGAUUGAUCUUAUUCAAGAAAAUGUUGCCAUUAACCAGCACGACGCAAUUCAGAAAUUUAUAAUGAACACUGUUGCUGAUGGUGCUCCUAUCGUCCCCGUCUCAGCACAACUGAAAUACAACAUCGAUGUUGUGUGUGAGUACAUUGUCAAGAAGAUUCCAAUCCCUGAGAGAAAUUUCGUGUCACCGCCAAAUAUGAUUGUAAUUCGAUCUUUUGAUGUCAACAAACCUGGUUAUGAGGUUGAUGAGAUUAAAGGUGGAGUUGCAGGUGGAAGUAUCCUCCGGGGUGUUUUGAAAGUCAACCAAUUAAUCGAAAUUCGACCUGGUAUUGUUACCAAAGAUGAGCGUGGCAACUCAAAAUGCACUCCAAUUUACUCUCGUAUAAUUUCUCUCUACGCGGAGCAGAAUGAGCUUCAGUUUGCAGUUCCUGGAGGUUUAAUAGGAGUUGGAACAACAAUGGACCCAACUCUUACUCGUGCUGAUCGAUUAGUUGGUCAAGUACUUGGUGAAAUUGGUUCCCUUCCGGAUGUCUUUGUUGAACUCGAGGUGAACUUCUUUCUUCUAAGGCGUUUGUUGGGAGUGAGAACAAAAGGAUCAGAGAAACAAGGGAAAGUGUCAAAGCUAACAAAAGGAGAGAUUCUGAUGCUCAACAUCGGUUCAAUGUCCACUGGAGCUAAAGUAGUUGGAGUUAAAAACGAUCUGGCUAAACUGCAACUGACAGCACCGGUGUGUACCAGCAAAGGAGAGAAAGUGGCUCUAAGCCGACGUGUGGAAAAGCAUUGGCGUUUGAUUGGAUGGGGUCAGAUUCAAGCUGGAACCACCAUUGAAGUACCUCCUUCACCUUUCUAAGCUCUGUGCUAUUUUUGUCUUGUUUUUUUAGUGUUGCUGGGAAAAAUUAUUUAACCCCUCAGAAAAAGAUAAUAAAACUCCUUUUUUCGUGUGGGGGGUUUUGGAGAGUACCUCUUUGCGGAUUAAUCAUCUUCCUACAGUACCUGAUUUGUUAUACUAGUUUCUCUUCGUUUGUGUUACUUUUCCUCUCUUAGAUUUUACGAAAUUUUGUUGUCUUUUUC